AGUCCGUGCUCCGGUAAGCCUAACACAGCUCCGGUUCGCCGCCGCUCACCCCCACCCCUCUUCCGAGCGAGGCAGCAGCUGUGCCGACGACGCAGUCAGGUGGCGUGCCGUCGUCGUCCGGCGUCGGUGCUUCUGCGCGUUCUGCGACUCGUCGCAGUGAGCGGCGCACGUAUGACUACGACGGCCACGCGGCCCGCUUUACCUGAUCCGGCAUCACCAGUUGCGUGACAACAACGUGUGCUCUCGAACUUUGCGACUGUCGUCCUCAAGCCCUUGAAGACGCCAAGACGGAUUAGGCGACGCACUCGCUGCCGGCCGGCGAGGGACGCCCGCGUACCACCCGCGCAAGUUGUCAAGACAGUAGCUGUGCCUCUCGAUUGUUGGCUGACGAAGGGACCAUCGCCACGUGCGAGCGACUCAAGCCGCCUCCUGCGAGUUGGGCUGUGCGCGGCGACAGAGCGCGCCACGCACCCGCGGUGAAACGCGCCUCUCGAGUCAUGGGAUCCGCGCUCGACGGCCCCCACGGUCGCUGCGUCCGGCUCCGCGUGCUCCUCAGCGCAUGAGUGCGGACGCCAUGACGGCAGCCUGCGCCGGCAGUAACGGCAGCAACGUUGGCCCGCUCUCCGGUUACCUGGUGCAGCGGCCUGGCGGCGCCCUGGCUCGUCUGAAGGGCAGACGGAAGCGUUGGUAUGUCUUCGACCAGCGCAGCUGCUCUUUGCAUUCCUACAAGAACGACUUAGAUGCUGCAUCAAGAAAGCCUCCAUUAUUCAGUAUCGACCUCCGUAAUGCUGCCAUUUCUUUCCUAGUGGAUGAGGAAAACUGCUUUGUCAUUCACUCUGGAGCCAAGGAGUAUGUAUUCGUGGCUGGAAACCAUGAGUCAAUGAUGGCAUGGGUCAUGGCUCUGCAGGCCAACAGAGACCUGUGCCGGGAGCAAGAGCCAGUUAAUUCUGUGCAAAUGGAGGAAGAUGACGUUGCGAAGAGAAAAAUAUCUCUACCGGCUGGUGUUAGGAUAAAUGAGAGUGCGACGCCAAGGUACUGUGAUGAAAAUCAAGGGAUAGCUGGCCAUGGUGUGACACCCCACCAAGAGCAGUGCGACAGGAGGCUUUCUCUACAACAUUGGAAAGCUAAGACCUGGCCAACAGCACCUUUCACACAUGUCAACCAUCAACCAACAAUUGAAGACAACUGUUCACCACAUCCUGUCACUGCCAUGUGUGCAACUCUGGAAGAAAACACUGCCGAGAUGGGAAAAACAGACAAUGCCAUUCAGCCCCUCUCACAAAAUAUGGUGCCUCUUCUAUCAACAUCUUCAUCUGAAUGUGUUUCUGCAGUGCCUGGGCCCAUUCAGUGUUGUGCUCAAUACCGUAAGGACAGUGGCACUGUGAUACCACCACUGCGAUGUAGAGAGGUCAACGGGGCAAGGAAUCACUACAGGAGGGCACCACUGCGGAGGGUCAGCCACCAUGGUAGCACAUCUGACUGUGAGUCAGACUCUGAUGCUGUGGAUCGCAGUGGAGCUGGACGUGAUUGUGGAGGAUUCUCUGCAGCAAUGUGGGAGCGCAUUCGUUUCUUGCGCAUGGCCAGCUCUGAAUCCACAAAGGACAGCAACAGAAGCCAGGAGCGAGCAGGGUCAGUAGAGAGCAAGAGGUCACUAUCUGGGAACUCUGUAUCAAGCGAUUCAGCGAUUGGUCAUGGAGACUCUGUCCUCUCUCUGCGUCUGCAUGAACUGGAAGCUGAGCUUAUGGCUACAAAAUGUGAGCUGGCAAAAGCUUUGAACCGAGAGACAUCCCAAAAGAAUACCCUUAUUGAACAAGACAACCUCAUUGCUGAGCUUCAGCACCGACUCCAUUGCCUUGAAGCCAGUGGGGAUGAUUCCAGGGCAAGUUCAAGGGGGAACAGUACAAAUACACAACGAAUGAAUGAUAAAUGCUGCAUGCUACAGAGUCAUAACCGCUUUCUGAAUGAAGAAGUUCAGAAUCUCUCAAGGUUAUUGCAGCAGCAACAGUGUCAUGCUAUUACAUACCAAAACUGUCUACAAGACCAGGAAAAAGAGAUUGACCAAUUGAAGAGAGACUAUGUCUUCCUUAUGCAGUCAGCCAUUAGGAUGCGUUCCAUGGAAGGGCCUGAAGUCAUGGAGGUGUAUUUUUAUGGUGGCCAAAGGCAUGCAGCUCGUGUACUCCAGCUUUUGCGGGAAGCCCGCAUGUCAAAUCCAGGCCUUCCUACGUAUGACAGCCAAAGCAAAGUGCUCCAACACACGGAUGCCUUGGGUUUUCGGCAUCAUUACACCGAGGAGAGCCUGGCACUACACUACAUCUGUCGUCAGCUGCACCUUCACUACCAGGAGCGGCUGCCUUCAGCUGCUCACCACCUGUGGCGCUGGCGCCAGUACCUCCUGCUUUGUGGUGACAACCUUAUCAGCACAAAAGAACUGAAGAGCUUGGUACGGCAAGGUGUUCCUGCUGCAUUCCGGAGCCAAGUCUGGAAGGCGUUGUAUACCUGUCGAGUGGCAGACAUCAUGGAAGACAAGGGCAAGAACUACUACAGCAACUUGUGUUGUCAAGCAUCUGAGUCUGAGGUGGUGUCUCAGAACAAGCGGCAGAUAUCCCUUGACCUCUUGCGCACGCUGCCAAAUAAUGUUAGAUUCAGCAGCCCUGAUGCUGAUGGGAUCCGCAAGCUGCAGGAAGUUCUCCAAGCCAUUUGCUUGCACAACCCCAGCCUUGGAUAUUGCCAGGGCAUGAACUUUCUUGUUGGAAUGUGUCUUCUUUUCAUGGAGCCAGAAGAUGCCUUUUGGUGCCUUGUGGGCAUUACGGAGCGCUACUUCACGGCCCAUUACUUUGACCACAGCUUGGUAGGGGCUCAGGCAGAUCAGGAGGUUCUCAAGACACUACUGCGUGACAAGCUGCCCAGACUGCACCGGCACUUGGCGCAGCUUGACAUCGAGCUCUGCACCGUCACCCUCAACUGGUUCCUUGCCAUCUUCUUCGACUCCGUUCCUUUUGAGACAUUGCUACGCAUCUGGGACUGCUUCCUACUGGAGGGCCCCAAGGUCCUGUUCCGCUUCUCGCUGGCCAUCCUCAAGAUGCACGAGGAAGUGUUGCUCACGAAACAGGACACGGUAUCCAUCAUGCGCCAGCUGAAGUCCAUCGCCCGUCUUUGCUACGACGUGGACAUGCUCAUCAAGGUUGCUUUUGAAGAUUUGGAGCCCUUUCCAAGACGUCAGGACAUCGCCGCAAAGCAGGCCUGCUUCCAAAAGAUACUCAGGGAACAGUCGAAGAAGCGGGAACUUGAAAAGCACAGUGUUUUGUCCAGAGAUAACACAGUGGCGACCGAUGGAAGCUACUACGGUGACAACGCGCUCAUCAUUGAAUGCGCAGCAGCUUGUGACUCAGAAACGAUAUGGGUGUGUCACGCCAGCUCUAACCUGACCCGACUUUCGCGCGUGAACUGUGAAGACAGCGUGAUGUACAGACUGAAGAUUGAGAUCGAGGCUCGAGUGAUCUGCAUGCACGCGCUGGGCAACGAUGUGAUGCUGCUGGGAACCCUGUCACACUUCGUGCACGCAUACAGCACACGCACCAGAGAAAUCAAGUGGGAAGCCCAGCUCAAUGAGUCUGUCCUGAGCCUCUGUUCCUACGAAGAGGACGACCAGUGCCAAGUGUUUGCAGGCUUGGCGGACGGUACCAUGGCUGUCAUCGAGAACUUUUCGGUGCAUGUGGAGAAGCCCGACGUUCUAUAUAUACACAUUGGCAGCAGUCCUGUCACCUGCUUGAAGCUGGUUGACAAAAGGCUCUGGUGUGCCACGGGAAACAGGAUCAUUAUUCUUAGCGCCAGGACGUUGGACACGGUGGACCAGUUCCAAGUAUCGCCCAGCAGCCUGGACUACAUAUCGCUGCUCCAGCCAUGCUCAGCUGAGGACCCCGCGACCGACCAUUGCGUCUGGCUCGCAUUGCGCGGCUCUUCCGUGCUGCAGCUAUGGGAUGCCCAGGCCCUGACCUGCAAGAUGCUGUAUGACGUGCGCGAUGACCGUUACCCUCGCUCGCCCAGGCAACAGGAGGAAGACAACGAGCUGAACCCGGCGCGCGUCACGGCCCUGUUGUCUCUGCCAGGAAGUGUGCUGGUGGGCACAGCUCAGGGCUUCCUUAUUAUCUACCACCUGCUGCCGAGGUGCUCGGCCGCAAGUGACUGCAGGACCGAUUCGAGCACCGAAGUUGCGUCGGUCGCCAAGUUCGUACCCGCACCUUCGCCGACAAUCGACGACCGGAUCGCAGGCCAGGAAUCCGAAGCGAAAGCUCGUAACGACAGCGGCUACGCCCCAUCCACCCACAAGACUGUUACGAAGUCUGCGGGUGCCACGUUGACCGCGUAUAAAAGCGACGAUGGCGUGAAUGAUACGAGUGGCAGCCAGCAUUCAUUCCGCACAGUCAUCAGCAAAUCCACCAGUUGCCUGUCAUCUUCACCGAGGAAUACGUCAGAAGAGGAAUCUUCCCCGACUUCUAAGAGGCGUAGCGCAACUAAGCUGAACGGUGUCAAAGAGGUUGAUGACGCUACACAGGAGGAGGCGACAGUAGACGCGACCGAACGCAAACUGGGUGACCUUAGAGACAAACAGGCUACCCGAGACAGCCGGAGCAGCAAGUGUAAUUCUUUCGUAACGUCGAGCGUUUUUGCGAAAGAAAUAGAAUCGUCGGUAGAGAGCCACUUGAACGGCGGAGAAGUCAAAAAGAGGAACGAAAGCUUCGUCGAAGGCCAACUUUGUCUAGAAUCGUCUCCUGGUCGAAAGAUCUGCCGGCGCAUUAUGGAUCCAUCAGAUAUCAGCAUCUGUCCCGUUACCGAAGUGUGCAAAGAAGACUCGCGCAAGUGGAGUCUCCGGACGGCUGAUAGUUGCGUGUCCAUGAUCGAGUUGGCGGCCCCGCUACGGAAGCAGUCUUCAUGGAGCUCCACCAAUACCACACUCAACCACGUGCUGAAACGACACAACGCCAGCGUCGAUUGCCUCCCUGCCUGGCUCAGCCGGGACACGCUCAGUUCAUCCUUGACGAGCGACAGUUACGACUUCGACGACUUCUUUGUGCAGUACGCUGACGACGGCAUACCCUCUCUGACUGGCCAGGACUCGCAAGUGAUCCCUGCAUCGGCCUGUUUCGCAAGCGAAGAGGCACAGCGGUUGCUCGAACGGCUAACCGUUCCGACAGUGUACCUCACUAUGGGCAGCCAGGAAGAGCGCUCUAGCACGGGAUCUUUCUGGACGGAGAAUGAUGAUGGUGCCGAAACGUCCACCACUCAUGAAGCUACCACUAGCGAGUGGCCCGAGGGACCUUCGUACGACGGCAACCAGCCAAGCAGUGACUUAGGCAGCAACAUCUCCUUUAGCAGCAUGGACCCACAGUAUGCAUAUGAAAUGCUUGUGCAGGAGAGGAUCAAGAUCUCUGACAAGGCCAUCCGCUGUCUCGUUGAACUGAGGCGCAAAGGUGGCUCUAUAGUUAUCAGCGGAGCUGGAUGCUACGGAGACGAUGAAUCCGUUUUGAAGUGGGCCGAAGAAGGUGAAGAGAAACUCUGGACAAACGAUCCGGUGAUCGAGGUCUGUCCAUACACCAACACGAUCAAGCCAUCGCCGUACACGCGGUCCCGACUGCCCCGAAAGGUGUCAGUCGCGCACACGAACGGCCAGGCGCGGACCGUGGACGGAGGAGCUGUGGCUAUGGCGAAUGGUCCUUGCGGAGGCGGCCUCAUGCAGCGCGGCCGCGGCAGACCGCUGCUCGACGCGCCCAAAGCAGCAACCAGCUCCAUGGGCGCGCGCCUGGCGCGCAUGCAGAGCAUGUUUGUCAAGAGCAUUGAAAAGAGCUAAUCAAGCGCCUCGCGCGUGGUCCUGACUCGGACUCUCGCCGAAGGCUGCUCCACGCUCUUAGAGUGGAUGAACGCUGCGUGUACGUGUGUUGAAGUUGUAAGCUAAAAUAUGUUACCUAUCAGCGUUCUCUCGGAUGGAUUACUGUGUGUUUUAGACAUUGGAAGGAAGUAUUUUUCAUCCUUUAUGAAGGGGUUCUUGUUACGAAAGAGCGCUGUCUCGCCUCAGCGCACGAUCUCUGUUUCAUCAGCAUUCUUAAGCGCUGUGGAGCAUUCAAGCUGAGCUAUUGGCGUAGUAGUAGUCAUGACACUAAAGUUAUGAUCCGUUACAAGUGUGUUCGGAAUACAACUGGCAUAAAGUUACAAUUAACGAAUUUCAUCCAAGUAAACUAAAUGUAUCCGUUCAUGUAUCUUUAACUCUUCGCUCCGCUCUCUUUCUGACGCUCUUUUCUGAAUCGGUUGUGUUUCAACAAAUUUUGCAGAUAUUGCGACUGCGAGAUAUCAGGGUUUUCUUUGACCGUGUAUGGUGUCUGACGCGCAGCACGUGCGACUCGUGUACUAUACUCGGCCACUCAGCGCAACGACUUUUCUUCUGUCGUGUACUUUUCAUCUACGCGCCUGUGCGUGUCUGUUGCUAGCCGAUUAAAGAAAACUUGCCACUUGUGAAUGCCACGCUUACCUGCGCACUUGGUGGGAAUCCUGACGUAUAUGUAUAUGUUGAAUAAAAACGGUGCUGAAUAUAGGCCUAAACACCGAAAUAGGGGAAUAUAGUAGGGUCCUUCAAACCUGUAGUCUGCGGGGCAUUUGGUCUUCCUCUUAGCCUUUUUUCUAAUUUCGGUCGUAAAGCAAAGAAGGACUAAUAUGAAUAUGUCACUCUUUUCUUGUUGCCGGGAACGAAUUCACAAAGUUAUCUUUUUCGUAAGCGCUCUCUAGACCGCGCCCCGGCUGUGCCGCCGUCUUUGGCUUAUGCGUACUGCAUUCGGCCUGGCUGCAGUUCGCACUGAUGUUCAUUUACGGGGGCGGGAAGAGGCAGCUCUUCUUGCUGCAUAAAACAUAUAAAUUUGAUCUUACUUGUGUAACCAUCACGGAAAAGUAUUGCGAGAGAUAAGACAGGAACGAGAGGAGUAAGGUCAGCGCGCUGUCCGCUCUUUCUUGUCCCAUUUCUCGCGCUUUUUUUCCGUUACAGAACUGUCAGUUCAAGUUCACUCUUCUCCGCUUAGCAGGUUCCUUAACUUGCUUGCGCAAAAAAAAAAAAAGAAAAGCUUGUCACUGUAUCGCUUAUUCGAGGUUGGGUAGUGCUAGAGAUAAGCAAGUUAUCUUUCCAUAUCACCUAUAUACGGCGAGUGUUGGUAGUGUGUGCUAAUACAAGUUAUCCUGUGCUAACGCAGCAUUAACUUUUGCGUAGGCUAUUCAUCUCUUUCCUAAGCACUUGUACUGAGUUAGAGUCCUGGGAGGACCGCCCUUUCAAAAUGUGCCGUUUUAGUCGUGUUAACCUUGCCUGCUAUUUAAAAUGAGAGGAGGGUAACAAUAAAACAGACUGCGACUCGGCUGUGUCGUCGUGCACAUUGCAUCCGUCGCAGUGACAGCAUGCUGGAAUCGUCUUUCUGCGUUAUGCAGAAAUCACGUUUUCCCGUUUUUAUGUCAGCUCUUUUUUUUUAAAACCUAGAACCUGUGCUGUGGUAUUUAACAAAUUUUCCCCACGCGGAAGUCGCAACGGCAUGAUUGACAUCUCUACAGAAAGUCGUGGCCGUUGAUGUUUAUCUAACUGUCCAGCAAACCGGAAUUAAUGAAAUUACGCGUGUGAAACUCGAAGUGUUACCAUGAUGUAAUGGUACGUUGUCGUAACAGCAGUGCAAGGGUAAAAAGGCAAAUACACACAAAACGUUACAAUGAAAUAAAAGGAGGUGACAGCAUGCGUCGUUGACGAGUAACGAUGUCGUUAAUUAUAAGAGUGAAAAAUUUAAUAUGGUAAGUAAACUGUGACGUGAUUGCAACCCAAAUGCAGUUUAUCAAUGAAAGGCGGCGAGACUGCACGUGUAAAGCACCCGAUAAUCGUGUACAAAUUAAACAGGAAGAAAAGUAGCAACAAUAUCGGUAUAGACAAACGCGUGGCAUAAGAACACCACGUAAAAGCAAUAGACGACGUGUGUGCAAAGUGCGCAUGUACAUGUCUAAUUUGUGGUACAAGAGAACCACUUCGCAUAUCUGCAGCGCAUGCUCAUUUUUGGUAUAGCAGAGCCACUUCGGAUAUCUGCAGCAUGUAGAUGGCUGACAGACAGUCCGGCACUUUUAAUUUUGUUAAAGCGUGUUUUCAUUAUAUUUGCAUGCGUAUUUCCGUGGUGUCCAAACAACAGCCAUGUCACCUCAUUCUUCAGUGGGUUGUUCCUGUCGCUGCUCUUCCACUCAUCAAGGCACAGCAUGACCAGUUGUCUGUCCUUCUAGCAUGCUGUAUACAUGACAAGUACCUAUCGAAAUCGAGGCGGAACUAUAGCAUCCCUAACAUGCCAGAAUGUUACAGAACAUUCAGUAUACCACGUCGUUAAGUAAAACUUGCUAUUGACGUGUAAUCUGUUCUCAUAUCUUUCUCACUUCCGAUAUAUUCGUUGUGUAACAUGUUCUCAUGUUCGUGCAGAGUACGUCGCCGAAUACUCAGGCCUCUCACAUUUGACAUGGCUUGUGGUUCGCAUUCCAGUAUAUGCGCGAUAGCAAGACCAGAAAUUCUUUUUGCACAAAAUUCAAUGAAGCUCGCGCUAGUGGUAAAUGUCGUAAACUGUCGCAUAUUAGUUGUGACACCCCGCGAAGGAAUUAUUUGAAUGAAACCGCAGCUCUUUGUGGCGCCUGAAACCGUCUACAUGCUUCAAGGAGCGGUGUCCUAAAAAUUCCAGCAAUCUAUUAUCAACUCGAAUUUCGCAUUUUUCAUGAAGAAACCGCAGUUUUAUUGUCAAGUCAUAUAUUGCACGCACAAGGUAGAAGUUUCAUGAGAUGACUUUCCAAAGUUUUCUUUCCUUUUUUUGUAUGUGUCACUAACGGACCGCUUUCGAUGACGUCAUGGUCCUUAUUUCGAUUGGCUGGUACCUUCGACUUUUCUAAGCGCUUCGCUGUCGUCGAACUUGUCACCCUACAGGGUAGCUUUCUUGUUUGCUUGCUUCUUCCACACCUAAUACAUCUAUCUCGCCGGUGGCGCUUACACUCAUACACGGAGGGAGGUGGUGUCGGCGAAGAGGAAGUUUCGGCAAGAAGUCAAGGACAUCUCUGUUUCCUAUCGCAUUUCGGAACGACCCUUUGUGCAGCGAGGUAGCGUCCUCGUUCCCAGAUCGGGUAACUUUGGCGGCUCGCGCGCAUGAUGCGUGACUAUUAUGAUGCGUGCUCGAUGAUUCUGAGCGACGAUAGGGCGCCUGUUUUUCGCGCCCGUGCCACUUACGAAAAAAUUAUUUCAUCAAAGCGAAGAAGGACGCCUCUUGGGCGCAUCACGCUUUCUGUAUAUAUUUGGGUGGAGGGAGGAGAGAGACUCUACUGCAGCCUUCACUUUUCACUGAAUGUAAGAUCACCCGGCCGAUUAUGAGCGAGAGGUGAUCAGAAAUCAACAGAAUGGAGCAACCCACCCGGUUAAGUAAUAUUGCUAAAAUGAAAAUGUAAAUGCAGAAAUAGUAUUAGCAUUGUAAUAAGAUUGAUCGUAAUUAGCUUACGGAAUAAAGCUACUGAUGCAAUUUUCUUACGAUGGAAUUAAACAACGCUUUGUUCUAUCUGCGUAAUAUCCUUCGGUUUGUUUAGAAAUUGGAAUGCACAUAGGAUGCUACAUCCCGUCUGCAUUUUUUUUCUUCCAUACCUACAGUAAAAGUCGAGAUCAAUAUUCUCAAUGGCAUUACAGUUUCUUGCCUGUAGAAAAGAAAGAUAAAGGGAAUUCUAAACAUUCACCAAGUGUCAACCGGAUAUCUUAACUGAUCAAGACGCUUUCUUUGUGAACCAUUUGAUGGGUUUGCUCCUUAGCGAAGUGAGCGCCACCAUAAUUCGAUGGUAAUUGUACGGGAUUGAGGUAUUUCAUUGUUUCAAGAGUAAUCACUGGCAUUACUUGGCAUUUGCUAAACUGUAGGCCGCCUUGGAAACAAAAAGCACUUUCGCACUAAAUAUGUGUUGUGCCUCUCCUGUCGUUGCUAGAUUGCCUGUACCGUACUUCCAUUUUGAGCGUUCUAUUCACUGGAUAAAUAGUUGUUCUAUGCAAGUAAGAAUGAACGAGCGUGAACCUAAUGUUGCUAUACUUUGGUAGAAACUACAUAUAUUGUAUGCAUUAGUCCGCUUCCUUGUUAACUCCCCAUUAUCGUUAACGCAGAGAGCUAAGUUUUGGAAAGAAAUACUUUCCGUAAAUGGUAACAAUGCGGAUUAUUAGUGUAUCUUGCAGAGCAGAUUUUUCUUGGGAAAUCACAGUUUUAUAGCGUGUGUCUCUUAUUUUUAUUUUAGAUGUGUUUCACAAAUGUGUAUUUCACAUCAGCACUCUUAGGUUACUUAUACCCAUCAUAGCAGAGCAGUAUUUUUGGCAAACUCAUAGCCGAGACCUUGCUAUGUGCAAUUAUACAUAACUACAGAGAUCUGAAUGCUAUUGGAAGCUUAAUGAGGAAAUUUAAAAGAAAACAUGCUUUUUUAAUCAAUAAACGUUGCUUUAAAACAAAUCCACAUAAAAAAGUUGUACGGUGUUACAUGACCGAAAAAGUGCGAGGAGGUAAUCUGUUCAAAUUCAAAGAUUUUUAUCCCAUAAAAGCCAGGUUGUUUAAAUCUUACCGGUGUGUAAGAGAACGGAGAAUGAGAAGUAUACGUAUAUCAACAAACAGAUUUUACGCAUUUGCAGUAGAGCUGUGCACGGACCGUAUUUCCGAGCCCGAGCCCGGCCCGGGCCCGCUGACUUUGUCGAAGGCCCACCCGAGCUCGACGGCAAAGGGCUGCGAGCCCGCCCGGCCCGGCCCGACGUACGAAAACACAAUCCCGGGCCCGGCCCGGCCCGGCCCGGCUUUUAGGGGCGUAGCUCCUCUUAGUCUAACCUUGUCCCAUGUUAGGCGUAACCGCGGCAGUAUCUUCCGAACAGUAUAAUAGAUGGCGCUUUCCCAUAGAGAUGCAUCCAAACUGCAGUUAAAAAAAUUAAAAUAAAAAAUAAAAAAUAAAAAUAAAUGAAACAUAAAAAUUAAAAAAAUAGAAAAAUAAAAAAGAAGGAAAAACGGAAAAAGGAAAAAUAAUCAAAGUGGCGUAUCGCUUUGAUUACUGCUGGGCGAAACCACUGAACAUUUCACGGUGUACACAUGAUUGCUUCAGGAGCUUCGCCCAAGCUCUUCAUCAUUCACCCGUGGAUAUGCUGUAAUUUUUUUUUUUUUAAAGGUCGCUGCAGUCACAAAACACCCGAACCGGAUGUACAUCAGCGACGUACUAAGCACAUCAGCUGUACACCAACAAAUAACGUAAUAAUUAUGCACAGUAAACAGACAACGGUAAACGUUUUACGUACCAACAUGCAACAAAUAUUUUAUUUCCAUUGCAUACCUACGACAGCGCGGCACUUUUGCUAUACAAGUAGACGGCCUCAUGCCAGCAACAAUGGAGUUCGCUCGCCGAAGCCGUCACGUGUAUGGGGUAUGCCCAUGCAAGCGUCAGCGUGCACGAAGGCGAUCUACGUCGGGUCGCUCCUCGCUGUCGCGUGCAUUUUCACUCAUAUGGGAUUUGGCCUUAAAUCUAACGCGAACAGUCGCGUGGCGCCGUCGCUAGCUCAGGUGGUUUUACUUCUCUGUUUGUCGGAGUGCAACAGAGGCAGUGCUUUACCUGCUCCCCUUUUAAAGUAGCGAAUGGAAAGGAAAAGCGGUAAAGGGCGGUCGCGGAAAAGGCGCUGUAUGCGUGCUGGAAAACAAUUCCCGCUCAUUCUCUAUAUUUCGGGCUUGAGUCGGGCUUUGCGCCGGGCCCGAGGUGAAAAUAUGUCGGCCCGCCCGAGCCCGGCCCGCGGGCCGGGUCGGGCUCGGGCUUUCGGGCUACCCGGAGCCCGUGCACACCUCUAAUUUGCAGCGCACACAAAACACAUUCAAGGGAGCUAAAGUCCACCAAAUAUUACGUAGACCUUCUGUUCCUGAUCUCGUAUUUGUCUGGUUUUGCCCGUCUUUCUCUACGGCCCUGUUAUGCAGCAUCAGUAAUACGACGGCAAAUCUUCGUAUUGAGCGACCAAAGGCUUGUGCGGCAAGUUUCGGUUGUUACGAAGAGCACGUUCUAUAUUAUUGUGAUGACCUUGCCUAGCUGUUUAGAUUGCUGAAAUGACACAGAACGUCAUGUGGGCCAAGUUUGAGGGCGGAAGGCCCACGUAGGUUUCCUUGAUUGUUCUUUACGAAGUCGUGCCAUUCAUACAUUCGUUUACGGAAUGACAGUACUCCGCAAAAUGCGACGAUUUUUCUAUUAUUUCUUGCCUCUGCUCCAUAACUCGACCUCAGAAUGCGGCAGUCACUCUCCACAUUGCAAAGCUUCAGCGCACUUCGUGAACCAUAUGCGUGACCAGAUCUUUCGCGCACUGUGGUUUUUCUAUGUAUAUUGAUUCCCGGCAAAAGUGUGCUUUCCUCACCUUUGCACUCUGAAAGAGAACUUCAUCACACUGUAUAGCGACCAUUACGAAUGCUAGCUAUAGAUGGGAAACAAGAACUACAGAAUAUUACAUAAACGAAGAAGGCAAUCCGCUCUUCCUAAUUGGAAAAAAAAGCCUUCAGAUUGCGUACAGUAUCUUUGAACGUCGUCAGAGCCUACCUUCAUUAUAAGUGGAAACGUACUGCAAAUGCUUUUAAACUAUUAUUACUUCUGCGAACCACAUACUGAUGAGAAAUUAAAGAGAAACACUAGAUCACUUUUGAUUUAUAAGGCAUUCUUUCAAAGCUCGGCUAUUUGUCGUUUCGCUGUAAUAGAUCGAUUAUCAAAAGAUACAAUGCACGUCAAAUUUACAUUUUGUGAAUUUCUCGCCUGCGCGUGUGACAUUGCGUCGGUGUCGCAUCACGAAUUUCCGCGUAUUUUUGUUUUCGUUUGGCCGCUUUGGCACAUUACAAGUCCUUGAUAAUUUCUGACGUAGACUACUGGCUCUUUUAGAAAAUGUUGCGGUCUGUCUUUACCGACAAAAAGUUAACCCGGCCCAACCAACUGCCGUGAAAAUCUGGCAGUACGGCGAACUGGUACAGGAACUUCAAGGCGACAUUAUCAGUCCUGCUUUUUUCACGCGAGCAGAGCGGUUCUUUUUUUGUUGUUUUAUUGGAGAAGGCUAAUUUGCCAGCACAGCUAAAAUAAUGUUUUUCUGUUUCGCAUCGCCUGUUUAACCUUAAAAAAACAUUGUCCUAUACAUAAUUCAUGCUUCUAUAUGUCACAUAUGAAACUAGUGUAGCCUAAUAAGUUUUGGGUUCACAGAUACGGAAUGACGUUACAAAUAUCGCUGUAUUUUUUUUCAAGAAAACAAUGCAGGAAUAUAAUUCUUUUUCGUACCAGAUGUUUGCUAAUUAGUGGUUCAUCUGAUUAGGAAAGAAAAUUCACUUAAAAAUGAGUUUUCAACUGGGCCUCAUACUUAAGCUCGAUAUCAGGAAUGUGCAAUUAAAUUUCUAUAGCGGUUUUCUUCAAGCUUCUUCUCUCGCUUUCUUUCGUUUUUGUAUCUGCAAUAAAUCUCAUGAGGUCGUAGCGCACAGCUAUACAAAUAAGGUGCAUCUAAGCCAAGGGGAUACGCAACUUACUUUCAACCUUUAAGGGAAAUGAUCGUUUCAGUACUCUCGUCUGGAGCCCCAGAAAACUUCGUGCCGUUCCACUUCGUAUUCUUAGCUUUGUUCAUCAAAGUUCUGGUCACGGCUCGACCGCGCAAUAUUGGAAAGGUCUUUUGAAAAUUUCGCUUGCAGCGCGCACAAUUCAAGCACCGGUGUGACGUAAUGGUCAUGAUAAUCAACAGCUAUCGUGCGCCCAGUGCUUACCGCAAUGGCUUUCUAGAGAAAUUAUUUUUUACCUCUAUUUUCUUUUUGGUAAAAAUUAGGCUUUAUUACCCUUACAAAAUUCGUAAUAGACAAUAUGUCGCCACUUUGUGGACCGGCCUUUUAUGUGGCCUUAAAAUUUUUGUUGAAGUAUGAUGCACUAUAAUGCACGAGCUUUGCAAAGUUUUUCCUUUGCAAAUAAAUUUUGUAUAACAUGUGAUGUAUAGAACCUACUUUCUUCCUCCUUGCAAAAACGCUGUAAAUAAAGAGAUUUUCGUGGUUUCUCA